CCCAUAGCCUUGUGUAGGGAAGGUCCUCUGUGGAACUUUAUUACGCAAUUCAGUAAUGCCAAAAAUGCCACAUUUGUUUACGGUUUUGUAAAUCCCCGUGGUAUACAAAUGAGUUUUUGAUACAGGCAGUGUUGACUUCUGAAUUUAAAUUGCAGUUCUGAUUCAUACAGCAAUGUAUUUCCCCAGGUGUUUGUAACCUCAUUCUUGCUUUAAAAGCUUUGUCAAUAUCGAUUUAUCACUGUUCCUUUAUCAGGUUAUAUUUGCUGUCAAGGGUCAACAUUCUGUAGUUUCUUUACUGUUAAUAAGUUUUGAAAACCAUGUUUGGUUUUGGCAUGCAUUCAGUAGGCUUGAAAACAGGAAGAACUGUUUAAAGCGUAGCUGGUAAAUUGUCCAAUAAGGGCACAGUUUUGCAUAAUGUUUUCCUGUGGUGUGUCAUACUGAACAUCCUGUACUACUGAACUGGGAGUGUCCUAGUUGCCUAACUGUUCUGUAAUUCAACAACACGGUUGCCUGGCCUCAUUUGACCAAAAUAACAUUUCAAGGGAACCGGGUAGGAAGAAUCCGGGAGCAGACUUAUUUUUAUUUUAAGUUUAUAAAUAUACAUGAGAUGUGUUUUCUGCAGGUUGAAGCUGGGGAAAUCGUUGUCAAAGGAAAGAAAGGGAGGCCCAUGUGACACUGCCCUCCGCUGGAGCGCAGUGGUACUGCAAAGGCAUCUUGGGUAACCAGCUUACAAUGAAGAGGACAUGCUUGUUCAUGAGGGUCUACCUGAGAAAGGAGCUGCGCCAAUGAAAUGAUCGACACUCAACACAAACUAUUGAGCAUAAAGUGAUUCCUUUCAUGUUUAUAGAUUAGUGAUUUGGGUCCACGAUUGACUCAGUGGACACCAAACAGGAUUCUAAUAAUGGAUAGGUUUUAAUACAAUGCCUUUCCAAUUCAGGGACUCAAAACAGAAAAUGUAUUUAUAUAAUAAAUGUACCACAUCCCCUUCCAAGUUAAAAAAAAAAAAAAAAAAAACACUGGGUCAGUUCCAGUGAGUAAUGCUAAUAUAUGUUGAUGUUUUUUCAUUGGCAAAACGUAUUAGAACGUUGUUUGCCCAGAUGAACGCGACCCGAGGCUGUGUAAACAGGAUGGGCAGAAGAGGCUGAUUGGCGAGAACAGUGCAACCACUGUCUGCCGGGCCUUGUUUGUUUCCUCGGCUAAAACAGGGGACUAUUGAUUUCCACGGAGGGAAGUCAGAUCAUGGUUUAUUCGGUGGACACCUGCCACCCUCCACACGUGCCAAAUGAGAGGCUCCGGACUCUGUUAUUAUGAUAAACGUGAACAUGUCGAAGUAGAGACUGAGACGGGAAAUGUUUUCGCAAACAAAUCAUUGUUGUUCUGCAGAAUUAUGUCCGUUCGAUGAUAAAUAUUGUAUAAUCUGUUGCUAUUAAACGGUUAUUCUUCAGUCAAUGUGGUGUUAUCGAAUAUUUAUUUAUACGCACCAGCCGUGAUCUUCCCACCGAUAGGUGUCAGUCAUGCUACGGUUAACAGUAUAGAAUCACCACCUUAACGCCGACGUAGAAGAAGCUCGUCUGUCCCGCUAGACCUCUCGGAAAGGUAUCUGUGAUCUGGCGCCGUUGAGGCAAGUCGCCCCGAAGACGUCCCCUCCCUAGCCCUGGUUGAAGUUUUACCACCGUUGGUGGCCCGUUUUUAUCAACAAUGGCGACGAGUGCGAAGCGAAAGCAAGAGGAGACCCAUCUCAAGAUGCUUCGGGAAAUGACCAGCCAGACACCGAAUAGGAAGUGCUUUGAUUGCGACCAGCGAGGCCCGACUUAUGCCAACAUGACGGUGGGGUCUUUCGUCUGUACCACCUGUUCUGGCAUCUUACGAGGGCUAAACCCCCCCCACAGAGUGAAGUCAAUCUCCAUGACCACCUUCACACAACAAGAAAUUGAAUUCCUACAGAAACACACGAAUGAGGUCUGUAAAAACAUCUGGUUGGGCCUGUACGACGACCGGACCUUGGUGGUGCCAGACUUCCGCGAACCACAGAAAGUAAAAGAGUUCCUCCAGGAAAAAUAUGAGAAGAAACGAUGGUACGUCCCUCCAGACCAGGCGAGGACGGUAGCCGCAGCGCAGGCUUCCAAGUCGGGCUCGUCGGCCGGCAGUUCGGGCGGCACCCCAGAGGUCCAGCCGCUGAAGACCCUGCAGCUCAACAAGACCCCCCCAACACGUCAGUCCCCAGUGGUGGCCCGCUCCCAGGCCCAUCCCGUCGUUCAGGAGAAGAAGUUUGACCUCCUGUCUGACCUGGGCGGAGACAUCUUUGCCGCUCCGCCGUCUCAGGCGGCCAGCAAUGCCAACUUUGCCAACUUUGCACAUUUUCCCAGCCAAUCAGCGACUCAUGUUAACUCAAACGCAGACUUUGCCAACUUUGAGGCGUUUGGCAACUCCGGAGUACCUUCACAUUUCAGCGCCUCACCCCCCCCUCAGUCCUUUACAUCAGGCCGCGGUGUUCCCAUGCCGUCGGUGGCCGGUGCUGUCCCGGCCCAGUCCCAGCCUGGCACCUCAGCGGAGGACCGCUACGCAGCUCUGGCAGAACUGGACAAUGAGCUCAGCUCCUCAGCGCCCACAGGAAGCAGCGUUCAGGGGAAUGUCUUUGGACCAGUGUUGGGGACCUCGCCUGCACAGACUCAGCCCGUAUUACCCAGCAUGCAUGUGCAGCAGGGCUUUGGAGCUGUACCGUCCAAUAAUCCAUUUGUGGCCUCUGCAUCGGACAUGGCCAACCCCUUCCAGACCAAUGCCUCGUUUGGCACCGGCUCUAUGAGUAUGCCCGCUGGUUUUGGGAACGCCUCGUCUUACUGCCUCCCGACCAGCUUCAGCGGGUCAUUCCAACAGCCGUUCCCCGGCCAGGCGCCCUGCUCCUACCCCCAACCAGGACCCUACCACCCCCAACCAGGACCCUACCACCCCCAACCAGGACCCUACCACCCCCAGCAACCCAAUGGCCCUGGUGCAUACCCAGGUUAUGGACAGUCCAAGCCCUCCUUGACACCAUUUGGGCAGCCCAUUGUUGGUCCAGGGAUGACCAAUAACCCAUUUAUGGCGGGGGCCCCAACCGGAUCCUACCCCACUGGAAGCUCUUCCACCAACCCCUUCCUGUAGUGCGCUUUCCCCAUUCUCACCACCAGAGGGCAGCAUGCACCACCUAUUCAAUGCACAGACUCCAUCGCGCCAUCUGAUGUGAACGUACAUCUCUGGAACUCUGAAUUUAAAGUUUUUCUUAAAAGCUAUUGUUUACGACACUAUGAAGGACAAAGCACUAUGGGAUUCGGCACUGCCCUGGAACAAUGCCCUUGGACUUUACACACACACACACACGUUAUAUAUAAUUUUUUUUUCGGUUUCCUGUUCGACAGUAAGCUCUUUUAUUGUGCAUAUCGGCAUUUGUAAUCACUUUAAAACACAUUAUGUAUGAUAUGGACUUGACGCGGGUGGGCGACUGUUGUGGACGCGCCACAACAACGUUUUAUACCGGUGGCUUGGUAAGGUGACUAACAGGGUUGUGUAUGUCAAGGAGACAACUGAGGUGACUUACCUCUGGAAACC